CUACCAAUUUCUUCAUGAUGAGUAGAAAGACAUGUCCAUGUGAUCCUUCAAAUGAUAUGUCUCUCACCAACCCCACCUGGAUCCCUUUACACCACUCGCUCCACAUUUCAGGGACUUAACACACUACUCAUCUAUAGUUAUAUAUAUGAAGAUAUCCUUUCACAGCCAGAUCAAGUCUCAGAUCCUCUGAUAUCAAACACUUACUUUCUUCUCCCUUUUCAGCUUUCAUUUGUAAUCUUCACCAUCUUUCAUAGCAAUAAUACAGAUAGACAGAAAUGGCUAUUCGUUUACCUGGUAUUACACAUGCUAAGCACAUUCUCCGCCGGUCAAACUCAUUUGCAAAGCAAGCAGCUUCAAGAUUUGCUGAUGUUCCAAAAGGCUACCUAGCAGUAUAUGUUGGAGAGAGUGAAAAGAAGCGAUUUGUAGUUCCCAUAUCAUUCUUGAACCAGCCUUCAUUUCAAGAAUUGCUAAACAAGGCUAAGGAGGAAUUUGGAUUCUAUCAUCCAAUGGGUGGUCUCACAAUUCCUUGCAGUGAAGACAUCUUCAUUGAUCUCACUUCUAGCUUACAUGAAUUCUGAUACGCAGCACUAAAAAAGAAUAGCAGAGACAGUUUUGUAAAUCCAUGCGUAUUCUUUAUUUAUUCUAGGCAGAAGAAGUGGUGGGGGUUGAUUAACCACUAAAAAUGCUACAAAUAGAAUUCUCGCAGUUUCUCUAACAUUCUUCUAACAAAUGUAAAA